AUGCACGGCGCCCGGCCCGGCUCAGAUCAAAGUGGAAGCUUGGGCGUUCUUGGCGGACUGCGGGUAAAGCUGUCUCGGGUUCUCAGCCUGUCCCUCUCUCUCCUCUCUUCAGAUCCUCUACAGGAGCCCUCCUGGAUCAAAACGUGUCCUGACGAGCAGGUCCUGAGCGUCCAGCUGGACAGCGUGGACGGACGGACGGAUGCCGGCGCCUCGGCCGCUCAGAUCAAAAGUGAAGCUGGGCGUGGCGACUGCGGAGCGUCGGAGCCAAGCGGUGACUUUGAAGCAGCGAGCGGCGGCCGACUCCUCGCUGAGGCCUCGGAGACUGAAGACAGCGGAGACUACUGGAGGGAGGAGGCCGGACUGUGGAGGGCGGAGGAGACGGAGGAAGCACAGGGAGCGAGCUCGAGCGUGAGGAGCUGCACCGAUCUGUCGCAGCAGCCUCCACCCACUGUGCUCAGCUGUAAGGUUUGUGGCGAGUCCUUCCAGAGGGUCGGUUACCUCCUCACGCACUCCUCGGCACAUGUGAGGGACUGCGGCCUGUGCGGGAAACAUCUGGAGCUGACGGAGAGCCUGAAGCUCCACCUCCGCGUCCACAGAGAAACGGCGUUCCGCUGCAACGUCUGCGGUCAGAGCUUCACCCUGCGCGGGAACCUGAGGACGCACAUGAGGAUCCACUCGGGCGAGCGGCCGUACCGCUGCACCGUCUGCGGCAAGAGCUUCGGCAGGAGGGCCACGCUGGUGCGCCACGUCCGCAGCCACACGGGCGAGAAGCCGUUCAGCUGCACGUACUGCGGGCGCAGCUUCGUGGAGAAGGGCAACCUGACGGUGCACCUGCGGACACACACCGGCGAGAAGCCGUACUGGUGCUCCACCUGCGACCGGCGCUUCAGUCAGCUGUCCUGCUUCUACAAACACCCGUGUCAGAGGCGAGGCCGGACCGCCGACGGCCAGGACACGUGACGGAGGAAGACUUCCUUCAUCCAGGUUCACCAACAUCACACACACAUGCAGGACACGGCUCAUAGACAUGGACAUGGUGGAGUGAUGGGCAGCCCCCUCAGCAGUGCCCUGCGAGCAGGUGCGGGGUUCGGUGCCUUGCUCAGCGGCACCUCGGCAGUGACCAGUCCACCUUCCUAAGCCAAGUCUCUUUGGACUGAGCUACAACAGGAGGUCACAGACGGUCAGCUGAUCACAGUUCAGAUCUUUAAUUUAUUCACGUUUGUUUUUGUUCAUUCAGAGUCUCAAUAAAAGUCUGAAGAAA